UACAAUUCAUUUGCCACAGCUGGACAAAUCAUACAAAAGAAGGAGAAGAUGAUGACCCAACAACAACAGGAUCAGAGUAAAAGCAAAUUCUUUCACAAAGCUAAACCUUUCUUUGCAGUCAUUUUCCUGCAAUUUGGGCUAGCCGGAAUGGAUAUCCUUUCAAAGGCAGCACUUAAUGAAGGAAUGAGCAACUACGUGUUUGUUGUUUAUCGACAUGCGAUAGCAACAAUUGCUUUUGCACCAUUUGCCUUCUUUCUUGAAAAGAAAACAAGACCAAAGAUGACAGUUUCUAUCUUCAUUAAGCUAAUGCUACUCAGUAUACUCGAGCCAGUGAUUGAUCAAAACUUGUACAUACUGGGAAUGAAGAACACAACAGCAACAUUUGCAGCUGCAAUGUGUAACGUUCUCCCUGCCAUAACCUUUGUCAUGGCUUGCAUAUUCAAGCUUGAAAAUAUAAGAAUUAAUAGCACCCAUAGCCAAGCUAAGGUUAUAGGAACCAUAACAACAGUUGCAGGAGCUAUGCUAAUGACAGUGAUAAAAGGUCCAGUCAUUCAUUUGUUCUGGACAAAAGCAACUAGUAAUAUUCCCAUAGAAGGCAACAAUAUAGAUCUUCAACAUUCAAUAAAAGGAGCAGUUAUGAUAACAAUCGGGUGUUUCAGUUGGGCUUCAUUCAUGAUCCUCCAAGCUAUCACUCUAAAUACAUAUCCAGCUGAACUCUCACUCACUGCGUGGAUUUGCUUCUUGGGAACUGCUAAUGGCACAAUUGUGGCACUUGUAAUGGAAAGGGGGAAUCCUGCAGCAUGGGCUGUACAUUGGGACACUAAAUUCCUAGCUGCUUUCUAUAGUGGAAUAGUAUGUUCAGGUCUGGCUUAUUAUAUUCAAGGAAUAGUAAUGAAAGUGAGAGGGCCUGUUUUUGUAACAGCCUUCAAUCCCCUUUCCAUGGUAAUAGUGGCCAUUAUGAGCACCUUUAUUCUGGCAGAGAAGAUGUUCUUAGGAAGAGUAAUUGGUGCAAUAGUCAUAGUUGGUGGACUCUAUCUUGUUAUUUGGGGAAAAAGUAAAGACUACAAAUCUUCAGGCCAAUUGGUUGAUGAAGAAAUGUCAUCAAGUAAACAAAUAACAUAUGAAAGCAACAGUGGAGAGGAAGCAACAGAUCAUGAGAAGACAGGAAGAAAAGAUCAACAAAACUAUGAUGCCAAAAACAGUACUAUGGUCUAGGAUGUUUCAAGUUUAGAUGUGUUUGAAAACAAUAAAACUCAGAAGUUAUCCUUAGAUGUGAAUUAGAAUUAGAAAAUGGUGCGAAGACAAAGAUUAUGAGGCAAGAGCUGAUCAUAAAUGUAUUGUGGAAGAAAUGUAAGAAUACUUGUCAAUCAUUUUGUAACAAGAGAAGGCACCUAAGCUUGACCAAGAACUGUCAAUUAAGGUAUUUGGGCUUAGAAAAAACCCUUAAAAUUAGACCGAAACUAUCUAUUUUAUUCUAUGCAAAACUGA